UUGAGGUUGCUUUGUUUGUUUUUUACUGCAAGUCAAAGCAAAUGAACUCUUGGCCGAAUGGUGACAGAAUAUAUUUAAUGUUGCUGACGUUGGGCGUGCGGUGCUAUCAGAUCUCUUCUAUAUACAGGGCCGCAUCUCUUUAGCUUCAUUGCAAAUAAACGAUUUCGUAUGUAGCAGAUCAGAGAUCGAAUCUUGCCGCUUUUCUGAUCUUGGGAGGUUUCAAUUUGAGGCAAUGGCAACAUUUUUUGAUGGAUUCAAUCCUAGCUUUGAUCUUGAUUGCCCUGUCAUAAGUGGCGAAAAUGCUUGCUCUGUGAUGGACGAAAUGUUGGAUUUUGAGGCUUCUCUUUAUGUGGAGGGCAUGCUGGCAUUUAAGGUUCCCCCUUAUGCUUCCACUGAAACCUCCUGGCAUUCGAAUUCCUCAGAGAAUUUGCAGAGUGCAGAGGGAUUUAAUCAACUGGCGGUUAAUUCUUUACCCUGUUCUCAACGUAGUGUGCGCGCACAGAGUGCCUUCUGCAAAUACAUUAAUGCUAAUCAAACGCCUGCUGUAGAUUUUUUCAAAAGCGGUCAAAUUUUACACAAGAGAUGCUUAGGCGUUCUCAGAAAAAUUGAGAAGAAGCGAAAAUUGACGAGGCAGAUUUCAAUGCAAACUGCUCCUCCUCCUCCUCCUCAACUAAAGCAAUCAAAAUCAGGGUUUCAGAACAAAUCGGCGUUUGACCAUAUGCAAGCCGAGCGGAACAGAAGAGUCAAAUUGAAACAGCACUUCUCAAAUCUUUGUUCUCUCGUGCCUAAAAUCACCAAGAAAGAUAAGCUUUCAAUACUGGCAAAUACGACAAGCUAUCUGCAGGAAUUAAAGCUCCGUGUUGAUGAGCUCGAACAACAAAAUCAAAUAUUGCAGGAAUCAGUUUCCACAAAUAAAGAGGAAGGAAGUAGGGGGUUCGAAUCCACGGAGCAGUCAUGUAAUUCAGACAAUAGAGUCAUUUAUAGUAGCGAUGAAGUAACUUUGGAGCAAUGGAAGAAGAAUCCCUGCCAAGUGAACAUGAAAAUAAUUAUACAGAAAGAUAAGGUUUUGUGCCCGGCAAGUCUGCUGAUCAAGCAACUAGAUCUGUUGAGAAGUAAACAGAUGGAAGUCCUCUCUAUUCAAUCACAGACACAGCCAUUUCAAUUUCUCUCUGAAAUUCUCCUCAGACCAAAUGGCGAGGCCUGGGAUGUCUCCAAGUGGCAAAAUUUGGCCACAACAAUUAGAGAGUUCCUGUUAUGAGGAGAAGCCAUGAUUGCAAGCAAGGAAACCAAAAGGACUUAAUUUUUGGGUCAAGAUAUAGACCCUGCUGUGUAAAGUCACGGCUCAAAGUAAAAGAUAUUUUGAGGAAAGAGAUUAAUAUGACCGCCAUAAAAGUCUUAUCACAGAAGCUUGUGGGUCCAUCAAGUUGUCCGUAUAACUGUAGUGACUAUAACGGGGAACUUGCUUCCCAUCGUACUUUGAAUUUUCAAUACUUUCCAUCGCUCUCAGAGUACAAGAUUCACUCAAUAUUGGGAUAAGGAAAAUAUGAGAUUUUGUAAGGGCUAGGAUUGUAAAAACAUUUAUUACUAGUUCUUUAUCAAAAAGAAGUACAGUGGUUAGGGUUACAGUAAAAUAUAUUUUGAAUAGCAUGUUGGAGGAUACAAAAUUUGAGUGUAACAAUUGUAUUUUA